AUGGCGGAAUCCUACCUCGAGCCAUUGCGCCACCUCACCAAGAAUGGCUUCGACGAUGCGCGCUUGCUACUUCUCCAAGGUCUCAGUCGCGAGCAGCGCAGUGCCUUGAUUCAGGAAGGCAUGGAGCGCUUCACUACCGACGAAGCAUCCGUGCAGUUGUGUCUCCGUAUGCUCGAUUCGCUGCAACAACCAGAAGAGCGGGCGGCGUCUGAGCUGUCCAUUGAAAGGAACGCAAAAAUACCAGCCGCGCCAGCGCCUGCACUCGCCGCGCAUAUUCCCCCAACCUCUGGCAUAGCACUACCGAGGCGCCAAACCAAGCGGAAAGCGACGGAAAACGUAGACCCAUCCGGCGACCGUGUUCACAAAGCGCCCACGCUCAACGCGACAUGUGACGGUGUCAGCAGCCUCUUCAAUGGAGACGAAGAUGACGAUGAAGACUGGGAGGGUACGACUGCAAGACUUGAUGACGCUCCCGCGAUCGCCAACGCCGACAUUAAUGUCAUCGACAUACGCUCCACAACCCUGGAUAUACCCGUCCUGAAAAUAGGCGCAAUGGUCCCGAGCGUCAACGGUCGUGAGCGAUGGCAACCUCUCGGUUACCUUGAUGGUAACAUCGGCACCGAUAUCCAUGACAAAUUCUUUGCCCACUUUGCCUAUAAAGAGGCAAAGCGAGCAGCAUAUUCGGCGGUGGCGACGAGUGUCCCCAAAGGCUACGAUCUCAGAGGCGUAUGCAUCAACGUAGCCGUGUGGCAGAAGGAAGGCGAUCUAUCCAAUUCCCAAAGGCCUGGUAGGAACAAUACGAGGGCUUGCGAUACUUGCAUCCGCACAAAGCGACUCUGCGUGCGCGCUUGGUGGGAAUGGCCAGUAGGCCAAAAGCUUUGCGUAAUGCCUCUGCCCGACACUUAUCGUCAAGGCAAAGCGUUGGGUUCCAUUGAUGCAUGGGUCAACGGAGGAUAA